GCUCCUGAAGUCAGCACAUGUAACGACAGCGCUAGCUGAUACAGCGUCUGGGCUAAUCUUUGCAAACCAGAAACUAUAGCGGCGGAGUCAUUUAAAAAGGAAACCCUUUCAAGAUGUCAGCCCCUGGUCCAGAAGGUUCUGCUACAGCGUCGAGCAACAAGCGCUUGCAGCAGACGCAGGCUCAAGUGGAUGAGGUAGUGGAUAUUAUGCGUGUUAAUGUGGACAAAGUACUGGAACGUGAUCAGAAAUUGUCUGAACUGGAUGAUAGAGCAGAUGCACUGCAAGCUGGAGCUUCCCAGUUUGAGACCAGUGCGGCCAAACUGAAACGGAAGUUCUGGUGGAAGAACUGCAAGAUGUGGGCUAUCUUGAUAGCUGUUUUAGUGAUCAUCGUCAUCAUCAUUAUUAGUGAGUAUAAAGACAAAGAACUUGUGAACACGGUUGUGUAAAGUUUCAAACGCUUUCAAGCUAAUUUAAGCUAUAAAAGCAUUUAAGAAGUACCUC